CUCGAGAUUCAAGUGAUUAAUAAGCUAACUACGUUCCACUUUCAAAAUCUAUUCGCUCGUACCCCAACUUAUCAGUCGCCUUUCAAGCCAUCAAAGUAAGUAUUCGCAUACGUCGAAUGGAAACUACCACCACAGCAGCAGAUUACAUUCCCGAGUUGACACAGAGCCAACAGUUGGCGAUUGCCAGAAACUCAUCAAUUCAAAUCACUAAUGGAGCGGUACUCACUGCUUAUGAGCGGAAUUCUACGGUUGGCGAUUAUACCGAAUUUGGAAGCAGAGGGGAGAAGAGGGGUUUAGAGUCCCCAGCUGAAGCGGAUGGUCCGUCUAGCCAACGAAGGCAAUCAAAGCUACGAUUUGUCAUUUGUCGAUGAAUUCGAUUUAUUCCUUUCGCAAUUAUCAAAUGGAGUCACACAUGGCCAAGAAGGAUCGAUUGUCGAUUGGGUGCAAACAUUAGUGCGGUAACCUCAGACGCACCAUUCCUUCGAAAUGUAUUCAUGCAAUGUUCCCUUGCAAUGUUAAGGAAGAUGUUAGAGUCUCAUCAAUCACAAUAAAGCUGCCGGACAAAUUAUCAAAACCUUGGAUAUGCCAAAGGAAAAACGGUGGAUUUUAGGAAGCUUGUUCCAUCAACGUUCGACUCUCAGCCAAAGAUACAAAUUGAGGUUCGAGGUAGGUAUGAAUGAAAAAGGAAUCUGUUGUAACGACCAAAUUGGGUUGUCAAUGCAUUUCAAGCCUAACAAAGUCAGGUAGGAAAACAUAAGAAGGCUAAAAAGCUCAAUUAUGCUUGGCACAUGUGGUAUCCCGUGAAGGGAUUUACCAUCCCGGCAACCUGACACAAAUGGGUAUUGCCACUUCUGCCGUUAACGCCUUCUACUGUUAAGCCACAUAUACACUACAGGACGUUGGCGAUCGACAACUUUGCUUCAACGUACGGGUUGGUAAUCUGUGCUACUAUAUGCAUUAUUUACCCAAUAUUGCUAACCGUGCUAGGUGAAUGGAGUCAUGCUGUCUAUAAUGCAGAGAUGUAAGAGCGAUAUGUAGAUAUCUUGU